GGCUCAUCAUUGUUUUGAGUCAUAAGUGACCCCUUGUUGACAGAAAACUACAUAUCGCUUGUAUUCCAGUAUGCUUUGACUUAUAAUAGAUCAUAAUCUAUCACCAAAAAGCAAUUAUUUAUUAAAUUUUUUUUGCGAGGGUUAACCGUAGUGGGGAAAGUUAGCGAUUUUGCUCUGGAUGGUUGUACUUUUACACGUUGGCCAGCAGAGUGUGCUGUUGUAUAGUUUACACUACAGUAUCUUAACCACGCAAUAUGGACAAAAAGUCACUCUGGGAAACCAUUUGUAUGUUUUUUGUAGGUUUAAUCAAUAUUUAUUCAUUAACUAUAUAUUAUUGGCAGCAAUAAAUUAAAAUAGAAGGGAAAUGCACCCCCAAUUUCAUUUUGGGGGUAUAUUUUUGUAACUUUAUUGCUUUUUUAAGUAAAUAAUACAUAUUAACAUAUAACAAUAAAACAUAUUUUUAAGAAUGUGACGUCAGGACAUUAUAUGUUACUUUAUUGAGUGUGUUUUCGUACUUUUAAUGAUAUUCUUUGGAGGAUGGUGACCUUAAGUAGUAUUGUUAAUAGUAGUAGUACUAGUAGUCGUAGUAUUCCCUGGCAGGGUUAAGUUAUAUUUAGUAUUGGUUGUUGAGUUUUUUGUAGGCUCCCUGCCAUCAGGCCAGAGAGGAUGAUGGGGGAGGGGGUUGUUGCUUCAUCAUUCACAUUCCUGAGCUGGAAAGGGGGGGGCAAAACGAAGAAGUCUCCUUGGAAGAGCAGGAGAACAUUGCUUGUCCUUUCUUCUUCUGGGACAGUCCCAGAGAAGGCUGGGAUGAGUGUUUUUGGUGGAAAAGAGGAGUGAGGAGGUGUCGUCGUGCAGGAGGAGAAGAAGAAGAAGAAGAAGAAGGGGGUGGUCCAUGUGAGGAGGAGCUCCAGUUACAUCCACUGAUUUUUUUUUUUGCAAGUGGGGGAGGGUGAAGAAGAAUGUGAAACUUUCUUAACCGUUUUCUGUCCUCUAAAAUGCAACUUUUGUUAUUAUUUUCUCCCAUCAUCGGGACUAAGUGUCCAUCCUGGAAGACCUUUUGGGAAGUUUGAGCCAAUAUGGCGCUAGGAGACUUCCUAAAGGACGAGCACGGAGGAGGAUAAGGAAGAAAAGUUUGCAUCGUCGAAGUUUGGACACCUAGUCUUCCUUUUUGCGGAGAAAACUGAACUUUGCGGUAAUUUUUUUUGCAGGAUUGCACUCUCCCUCCUCCCUUUUCCUCUCUUUCCCAAGAUGUCCUCCCAAGUUAGGAUCGCCUUUGUUGGGAUGCUUUGCGUGCUGGCCUGCGGCGCCGUCCUGUCCCCAAACGGGACGAUUUUUGAGGACAAAUGCAAGAAGACGACGACUUGCGAGGUGCUGAAGUACAACACAUGUUUGGGCUCACCUUUGCCUUACACGCAUACUUCUCUGGUGCUGGCCGAGGACUCCAGCACCCAGGAGGAGGCUUUCGAGAAGCUGAACAUGUGGUCCGGUCUGCGUAACGCCCCUCGCUGUUGGUCGGUCAUCCAGCCCCUCCUGUGCGCCGUCUACAUGCCAAAAUGCGAGAACGGCCACGUGGAGCUUCCCAGUCAGAGCUUGUGUUUGGUGACACGGCGGCCGUGCAGCAUCGUGGACCAGGAACGCGGAUGGCCCAACUUCCUCAAAUGCCAGGAAUUCCCAGUGGGCUGCCCGAACGAGGUGCAGAAGCUGAAGUUCAACAUGUCGGGUCAGUGCGAAGCGCCGCUGGUGAAGACGGACAUCCAGUCCAGCUGGUACAAGGACGUGGAAGGCUGCGGGAUCCAGUGUGACAAUCCUUUGUUCACUGAGGAGGAACACGACGACAUGCACGCCUACAUCGCCUACUUCGGCACCAUCACGCUGCUCUGCACCUUCUUCACACUGGCAACGUUCCUGGCCGACUGGAAGAACUCCAACCGCUACCCGGCCGUCAUCCUCUUCUACAUCAACGCCUGCUUCUUCGUGGGCAGCAUCGGCUGGCUGGCGCAGUUCCUGGACGGCGCCCGCGACGAGAUUGUGUGCAAGAGCGACAACACCAUGAGACUCGGCGAGCCCUCUUCAUCCGAGACGCUUUCGUGCGUGACCAUCUUCAUCAUCGUUUACUACUCGCUCAUGUCGGGCGUCAUCUGGUUCGUGAUGCUGACCUACGCCUGGCAUACGUCCUUCAAGGCGCUCGGCACCACGCAGCAGCCGCUCACCGGACGCACUUCCUACUUCCAUAUGGUCACCUGGUCCAUCCCCUUUGUUCUCACGGUGGCCAUUUUGGCCAUCGCAGAAGUCGACGGCGACUCCGUGAGCGGGAUUUGCUUUGUGGGCUACAAAAACUACAGAUACCGCGCUGGAUUCGUGCUCGCGCCCAUCGGGGUAGUGCUGGUCGUCGGUGGCUACUUUCUCAUUCGAGGUGUGAUGACGCUGUUCUCCAUCAAGAGCAACCAUCCAGGGCUGCUGAGCGAGAAGGCAGCUAGCAAAAUCAACGAGACCAUGCUGAGACUCGGAAUAUUCGGAUUCCUCGCAUUCGGGUUUGUCUUCAUCACCUUUGGCUGCCAUUUCUACGACUUCUUCAACCAGGCGGAAUGGGAAAGAAGCUUCCGGGAAUACGUCCUCUGCGAGGCUAACGUCACCAUCGCCUCCCAGACCAACAAGCCGAUCCCUGAGUGCACCAUCAAGAACCGGCCCAGUUUGAUGGUGGAGAAGAUCAACCUGUUCUCCAUGUUUGGGACGGGUAUCGCCAUGAGCACGUGGGUGUGGACCAAAGCGACCAUCCUCAUCUGGAAGCGUACCUGGUGCAAAAUCAUCGGCCGCAGUGACAACGAACCUAAGAGGAUCAAGAAGAGCAAGAUGAUCGCCAAGGCCUUCGCCAUGAGGAAGGAGCUCCACAAGGACCCCGAGAAGGAGCUCUCCUUCAGCAUGCACACCUUGUCACAUGACGGACCUGUUGCGGGCAUCAACUUCGACCUCAACGAGCCGUCCAAUGACAUGUCCUCAGCCUGGGCGCAGCACGUGACCAAAAUGGUGGCCCGACGAGGCGCCAUCCUGCCGCAGGACAUUUCCGUUACUCCCACGGGAACGCCAGUGCCGCCCCCCGAGGAGAGGAACAGGCUCUGGAUGGUGGAGGCUGAAAUCUCCCCAGAGAUGAUCAAGAGGAAAAAGAAGAAGAAGAAGAGAAGGAGAAAGGAAGUGAGUCCAUCAGCAGAAGAAGAGGAAGCGGUGGCGGACCACCAGCCCGUCUUCCCGCAACGUGAGUUCGGUCGCAGCUCGGUGCCCCGCCUCCCGAAGCUGCCCUGCCACCCCAGCAUGGUAGCCAACCUGCGGGAACAACAGAGGCGACAGCAGAUGCUGGAGGACGACGUACUGCCGGGGUCCUACCUUGAGGACCGAUGCGGGUUCCCGGCCUAUCAGAGCAGAAACUACGGACGCGGUUUGCUCUCGAACCGGCCGGAGGACCUGGGCCUGGGGCCGCGUUGCCCCGUCCAGCAGGGGGGGCUCUCAGAGAGGAUGGCUCACGUGGCCAGGGUGCCCGCGGGCCGGCGAGUCGGCUACGGUCCCAUACACUCACGGACUAACCUCAUGGAGGCGGAGCUUAUGGACGCAGAAUCGGACUUCUAGGUGGUCCGCGGACUUUAAGCUAAAGAAAAAGUGCUGGAUACUUUAUCACUUAUGUGCAACUAUGUAUUUUAUAUGGAAUUAGUAUUUUUCAAGGAAAUAUUGUAGUGUCAUUUCAUUGGAGGCAGCUACGUUUAGCCAGUAAAUAUACACUUUUCUUCCUGAUUUAUCAUCUUUCUACUUCCUGUCAUGCUUCAAACACUCUUUCCCAGUGCCUGACCAUGUUUACUGUAUAUAAGCUGUUAAUAAGGGUAUUAUUUGUACAUAUUUAUCACAACUAGGGAGCUGUUUUUUUUUUUUAAAGGGAAGAUUCAACUAUACGUUGUAACCAAAAGCUCAUCUUUUCUUCAUGAUAAUGCUGAUAUAGACCAUCAUAGUUCACCUUUUGUUUUAGUCCCGGUAUGUAUUUAUACUGUAGUAUCUGUGCUGGCUCAAGUGGAUGUAAAAAAGACACAUUUAAAAAAAAAAAUCCUCAAAAAUAAAUGAAGAAUACAUUUAAACGGCCAUUUUGUAUGUUUCGACACAUGUGUUAUUGUGUUGUUUGUUUUUAUAUGUGAAUAAA